AUGUAUUCAAGAUUUAAGGGUGAGGAAGGUGUUCUGGAGGGAUUGAAGGAUGUUGACGGUGUCACCAAAGCAAAACGCAACACUGGCGUAGUGACACCGAAGAAUCCUAGCAACCUUCUAAUUGCCAAAGAGUCCACAUUGCCUUCGCUGACUCCUCAAGAAUCAUCCGCAUCAUUCCUGCGUAAUUUUCAUCAUCAGUAA